AUGCGUGCGUCCUGCAGUCACCUGGUCUUGGCUGCCAUCUUGUGGAUGAUGCUGUACACCAGAGCAGUUGCGGCUCUGACCAACACCACACAGCUCUCAGCUCUUACUGUGGCUGAUUUUGGGAUUGAACUGAGCUGGAGGAACAGGAGCAGCAGCAGUAGCGAUGUGCCACACAGUCGAAGGAAGCGCUACAUUUCCUCCAGGGAUAUGGUGGCUUUACUGGACUACCACAACCGUGUGCGAUCUCAGGUCUUCCCGCCUGCUGCAAACAUGGAGUACAUGGUGUGGGAUGAGAGGCUUGCGAAAUCAGCUGAGUCCUGGGCCUCACAGUGCAUAUGGGAUCACGGACCACCACAUGUCAUGAAGUACACGGGUCAGAACCUGUCCAUCAUCACUGGAAGGUAUAGAUCGGUCAUUGAGCUGGUGAAGUCAUGGCAUGAUGAGAAGUAUUCCUUCUCCUACCCCAACAGAUGCACUGGCUCCAUCUGCACCCACUACACACAGAUGGUGUGGGCCAGCACCAAUAGGAUUGGGUGUGCCAUCAACAGGUGUUCAAAUAUGUAUGUGUUUGGUGCUCGAUGGAAACAGGCCACCUUACUGGUCUGCAACUACUCCAUCAAAGGAAACUGGGUGGGAGAAGCUCCAUACAAGACAGGAAAGCCGUGCUCAGCUUGUCCUUCUAUUUAUGGCGGAUUAUGUACCAAAAAUCAGUGCUUCACAUCAAAACCCAGAAACAAGCGCAAGAGGGUUUCGUUACAGUGAAGGAACUUGGAAACACAUUGUUGUGACGCACCACUAAUGAAUCAGUUGAUUUCUUUUGUAAAAUAUUGCAUUUUUACAUGUUUUAUACUGCAGUCGAACUAACAAAUCAUCACACACACAGACCCACUGAUUUAAUCAUUGUAGUCAUCCCAAGAGUCAGUCCUGUGACUGUUGUUGUCUCUUGUCCUAUCCCUGGACUGUUUGCACUGUUAUGUAUGUUUGCAUUACUGUAAGAGUGGCAUUGCUGUUAGGAUCAUGUUGAGAGU